AUGGGAGACAGGCUGCCGGAGCCUCACGCCCGCUCUUCCCCUGCUGUGGCUGCCAGCUCAGAGGCAGAAGAAAUCGAGGUGCUGGACUCGGAGGAUGUCCUACCUAUGGCCGCAGAGGAUCACUGGAAAGCCCUAUUUGAUCAGUUUGAUCCUGACAACACUGGUUACAUCAGCACCGAGAAGUUUCGCUCCCUUCUCCAGAGGCACGGCUCAGAGCUCGACCCCCACAAGCUGGAGGUGCUGCUGGCCCUGGCAGACAGCAACUCCGAGGGGAGGAUCUGCUACCAGGACUUCGUCAACCUGAUGAGCAACAAAAGGUCCAACAGUUUCCGCCAAGCCAUCCUGCAGGGGAACAGGAGGCUGUGCAGCAAAGCUCUGCUGGAGGAGACAGGGCUGAGCCUCUCACAGAGGCUGAUCCGGCACGUGGCCUACGAGACCCUGCCCCGAGAGAUUGACCGCAAGUGGUACUAUGACAGCUACACCUGCUGCCCCCCACCCUGGUUCAUGAUCACCAUCACUAUUGUAGAGGUUGCAUUUUUCCUUUACAAUGGAGUGAUGUUAGACAGAUUUGUGCUGCAAGUCACCCAUCCCUUAUACCUGAAGAAUGCAUUGCUUUACCAUCCUCAGCUCCGUGCUCAGGCUUGGAGGUACCUAACCUACAUAUUCAUGCAUGCAGGGAUAGAGCACCUUGGACUCAAUGUUGUCCUUCAGCUCUUGGUUGGGAUUCCUCUGGAAAUGGUGCACGGAGCUGCGAGGAUCAGUUUUGUGUAUGUUGCUGGAGUUGUGGCAGGAUCCCUGGCAGUGUCAGUAGCUGAUAUGACUGCUCCUGUGGUGGGCUCCUCUGGAGGUGUGUAUGCUCUUGUCUCAGCUCACUUGGCCAAUAUAGUCAUGAACUGGUCAGGAAUGAAGUGCCAAUUCAAACUGCUGCGCAUGGCUGUUGCCUUGAUCUGUAUGAGCUUUGAAUUUGGAAGAGCUGUGUGGCUGCGGUUCCACCCCUCUGCUUACCCACCAUGCCCACACCCCAGCUUCAUGGCUCACCUGGGAGGAGUGAUGGUUGGAAUUACCCUUGGUGUCAUCAUCCUGAGGAACUAUGAGCAGAGGCUCCAAGAUCAGACAUUAUGGUGGAUCUUCCUCUCUAUUUAUGUAAUUUUUGUCUUGUUUGCCAUUUUCUGGAACAUUUUUGCCUACAGCCUGUUGGAUCUAAAGCUACCUCCCCCUCCUUGAAAGCAUGGGACAGAAAACUCAAGAGAGGAAGUCAUCUGUCAGCUAUGUUAAAUAAAUGAAGAUGGAGGAUCUAUUUUUAUAUUUAACUUAGGGGAGGAUGAUUCUUUUGAACACAAGUGUGUGCUGGAGGAGAUGCUUCAAGAUCUCUCAAAAGAAUGGGCUAAUCAGUUUGUUCACAAAUCUAGCAGGUACUGUAAUGCUGGCUGGCUGGCCUGGACCCUGCAGUUUCUCCACUGCCAGAGCUCCCAUUGGGCAGGUUGUACCUGGGCACUUUCACUUGGUUUGCUAGCACACAUCAAUAUUUUGUAUGAGGUAUUUGUAUUUUCCAGGUCAGUGCUGGAAUUAUGGCCAGUUGUUGAA